UCCCGGCCGUGUGAUUGGAGAGCGCCGUCCCGGCAGUGUGUACAGUGCGGUCGCUGCUCUCCCGCUUCAGCUCAGACCGGGCUGUUACUGCUGACAUGCUGCAGUCCGGUGCUAGCGGUUCCCAGUCUGAGAGUGGAGAGGCAGAACCGGCGGCUCCGGUUGAGUCAGCCAGCGGUGUCUUGGGCAGUCUUCACCAGCUGCACCGGCUGCUUGGCUCCGGGGAUACCGGGCUGUCAUGUGAUGCGGCUUUCGGCCUCCUACGCAGCCUGGGAGAGGAGUGCGUGGUGAGCGCGCAAGGGAGCAGCCAGCAAGACCUGAAUACAUCCUUGGUCUUCUCCAAAGAGUUUGGGUUGCUUGUCUUCAUCCGCAAUUCCCUCAACAGUGAAGAAUUUCGAGAUUGUCGAGAAGAAGCAUUGAAAUUCCUGUGCACUUUUUUAGUGAAAAUAGACAGAAAAGUUCAACCUUAUGCUUUAGAUAUCAAGAGCGUCUGCAUGAUUGCAUACACAAAAGAAAAAUACGCAAAAUGUAAAGUAGCAGCUUUAGAUCUUCUCAUAAAGUUGCUCCAGAUUUUGAAGGAAUCCUACUCAUUUGAAGACUUUAAAAUUUUUGAAAUUUUCAUCAAAUUUUAUGGAGAAAUUGGUAUUAAAAGCAAAUUAUCAGACACAGUUCUUGAAAGAAUUUAUGAACUACUGGGAGUUCUGGGAGAAGUGCAUCCUGUGGACAUGGUGGGCAACUCUGAGAACCUCUUCCGAGCAUAUCUACAGGAGUUAAAGAUACAGAUGAUUUCAUGCACUAGAACGCCUAAAAUGGCAGUGAUCGCUGGCUGUCUGAGGGGAUUAACAGCACUUUUGGUUAAUUUUACAAAAUCUGUUGAUGAAGAUGCAAAGACCUCGAGAGAGAUUUUUGAAUUCACAUUGAAGGCCAUAAAUCCUCAGAUCGACCAGAAAAGAUAUGCUGUGCCAUCGGCUGGCUUAAAUCUUCUGGCUCUACACGCUUCCCAGUUUAGCAAUUUCCUCAUGGAUCACUAUCAGUCUAUCUUCGAAAUGCUAUCAAAGUGGUGUGGCCAUUUAAAUCAUGAAUUGAAGAAAUGCGGAUUUGCUGCUCUAGAUUCCUUCCUGAAACAAGUGGCCUUGCUGGUUACUAACGACGCUGUUGCUCACAAGAGUAAGCUUCAGUUCUUCAUGGACCAGUUUUAUAGGAUUAUCAAGAAGAUGGAUUCCUUCAACAAUGAGCUCUCUAUUGCCAUUCGCGGAUAUGGGCUUUUUGCAGCGCCCUGCAAAGCAGUGAAUGCAAAGGAUGUGGAUUUUAUGUAUACUGAACUUAUUCAGCGCUGUAAGCAAAUGUACCUGACAGAGGCCGUUACAGAAGAGGACAAUGUAUACCAGCUGCCAAACUUCCUGCAAUCAAUUGCAAGCGUCAUACUUCAUUUGGACACUAUUCCUGAAGUGUACACACCUGUUCUUGAGCGCCUUCUUGUCCUGCAGAUUGACACUUUUCCACAAUACAGCUUGAAAAUGCAGUCGUCUUGUUGCAAGUCAAUCAUAAAAGUAUUUCUAUCUCUAGCAGGGAAAGGGCCAGUUCUUUGGAGUCUGAUUAGUACUGUGGUGCAUCAAGGAUUAAUCAGAGUCUGUUCCAAGCCGGUCGUAUUUGCAAAGGACGGAUCUGAAGAAUCUACGGCUUCUGGUGAGGUCCGGACCGGGAAGUGGAAAGUUCCCACUUACAAAGACUAUCUUGAGCUUUUCAAAAAAAUACUCGACUGUGAUCAGGAAUCAAUAUCCUUUGAAACAUUUCAAAAUAUAAAUUCACCGCUCAAGUCAAUGAAUAGAUUAUUGUAUGAUGAACUUUUAAAAUCGGUUCUCAAAAUCAUUGAGAAAUUAGACCUCUCACUACAAAAACAAAAGCAUGGACAAGAGAUUGACAAUGAAAGCAGCUCUUUAGUUAUCGCGACCUCUGAUCCAGCAGCCAACCUUUAUCCUACGAAGCCGAAAGACCUUGCAGCAUUUGUUAAUUUGGUAGAUUUCUGCAGUGAAAUAAUACCGAACAAGCAUGUGGAAUUCUUUGAGUCUUGGGUUUAUGUGUUUGGCUAUGAGCUGGUACUGCAAUCUACACGGCUACCUCUGAUCAGUGGUUUUUACAGACUGUUGUCUAUUACAAUGAAAAAUGCAAAGAAGUUAAGGUAUUUUGAGGGUGUUGGUCCAAAAAGUUCCAAAAGAUUUCCACAGAAUACAGAAAAAAAUUCUUGUUUUGCCCUGUUUGUGAAAUUUGGAAAAGAGGUAUCGGCCAAAAUGAAGCAAUUUAAGGAUGAACUUUUGGCCUCUUGUUUGACUUUUAUCCUUUGCCUUCCUCAUGAUAUCAUCAUGCUGGAUAUGAAAAUUUACAUCCCAGCAUUACAAACUGCUUUUAAGUUGGGCCUAAGCUGCCCAGCUCUUGCUGAUACUGGCCUUGAUGCUCUGGAAGACUGGUCUUCUCGAAUUCCCCCAGAUAUUAUACAACCUUUUUACAAGGAUAUCCUUCCUUCACUAGAUGACUACUUGACAAAUUCAUCAUCUGCAGAUGAUUCACUGAAUGCAGUCGACGUAGCUUACCUGUCGCGUGCUUCACAGAAAGGCUUUAAUAAAUAUCUUGUCAAUAAAAUAAAGAGAGCAAAAGCACUUUCUGUGAAGGAAGAAUCAUCUUUAGCAUCAGUAAGGAGCAGAGUAGUACGAUUACUUGGGUCUCUAGGAGGACAUAUUAAUCGCAGCUUAGUAACAGCUGCAUCUACCGAGGAAAUGAUAAAGAAUCAUGUGUCAUGGGAUACGGAGAAGAGACUUAGUUUUGCAGUACCAUUUGCUGAUAUGAAACCUGUCAUCUACCUGGAUACAUUUCUGCCACAUGUCACAGAUUUGGCACUUUGUGCCAGUGACAGGCAGACAAAAGUUGCAGCCUGUGAACUUUUGCACAGCAUUGUUACUUUCAUGUUGGGAAAAGCAUCUCAAAUACCCGAUGCUAAAGAAGGACCUCCAGCAAUGUUUCGACUGUUCAAACGUACAUUUCCUGUAUUGCUUCGCCUGGCCUGUGAUGUUGAUCAGGUAACAAGGCAGCUAUAUGAGCCACUUGUUAUGGGUCUCAUUCAUUGGUUCACAAAUAAUAAAAAGUUUGAAAGCAAAGACACUGUGACUUUACUGGACGCUAUUUUGGAUGGAAUUGUGGACCCAGUUGACAGUACAUUGCGAGACUUCUCAGGACAGUGCAUUCGAGAAUUUUUGAAAUGGUCAAUCAAGCAGACAACUCCGCAACAGCAGGAAAGAAGCCCUGUGAACACACAGUCAUUGUUCAAACGACUCUACAGCCUUGCUCUCCAUCCUAAUGCAUUUAAGAGAUUGGGAGCAAGUCUUGCCUUCAACAACAUAUACAGAGAGUUUAGGGAAGAGUCGGCUUUGGUGGAACAGUUUAUAUUCGAGAUUUUGGUGGUUUACAUGGAAAGCCUGGCACUAUCUCAUGCAGAUGAAAAAUCCUUAGGUACUAUUCAGCAAUGUAGCGAUGUCAUUGAUCAUCUGAAACGCAUUAUCAUUCAGAAAGCCAGUUCUUUGAACAAGGCAUCUAAACGGCGCAUACCAAGGGGCUUUCCUCAAAUGCAGUCUAUUUGUCUCUUGGAUGCUGUCCUGUGGCUAUUAGAGCAAUGUGGGCGCCCCCAGACUGAGUGCAGGCACAAGGCCAUGGCACUCUUCUUUGAAUUUGUUCCCUUACUAUCAGAUAAUAAAUCCCCAUCUGACUGGGUAGAGGGCAUCAUUAAGAAAGAUGGGGUGACUUUCUUUGUUAAAAAGUUUGAAGGUGGCGGUGCUGAGGAACGCUGUGGCAUCUUGCACCUUGCUACACUUCAUGAGCUGGACGAGUCCUUCAGCUUACGAGCUGUGGUUCAGUGGAUGGACAUGUUUCUUGCAGCUCUGGACUGUUAUAACACAUUUAUCGGAAUGCGUGUUGUGAAGCCACAAACAUUGCUAGACCCAUCAGAAAAGUCAUCCUUUCUUAGAGCAUUACACUUCUUCAUCAAUCAUCUUUCCAUGGAGGAUAUCACUGCAGCACAAACCUGCUUCAAAGUGGGAUCCAAAUCCAGUUUAUUCAGUCCACAAGAGAGAGAGGAGUACAACAACAGCAAAUGCACAAUUAUUGUGCGGAUCAUGGAGUUUGUAACUAUGAUUUUGGAGAGUUGCAAGCCGGAUUUUCAGAAGACACUUGAAAAUGAACUGUUAAAUGGCUUUAUGUGGGAAUUAACUGCAGUCACUGUGUGCAAUCCAUCUAGUAUAGGGUUUAACACCGCAGAUGUCCAAGUCAUGAAACAUCUCCCAGACGUUUGCAUAUGUUUACUGAAGGGACUAGUGAACUCGCCUUACAGGAGAUCCCUGGAGAUUUCCUUGCAGAAAAAAAUAACUAUGGAACGCAUUGAAGAUCUAUGUGCUGUUGAUUUAUUUAACCCAGAUGCCAGACAUGACUGUGUAAAGUUUGGCACCAUCCUUUCUGCAUGUAAGCAGCUUCACAAGGCCCAUUUACUGGAAUCCAUUCUGCAGUCACAGGUUGCAGGUCUUGGCCUUUCUGCUGGUUCUAAGCUCCUUUCAGUUGUCUACAAAGGCAUUGCCCCGGGUGAUGAAAGAAAGUCACUACCAUCAUUGGACAUCAGCAGUAAGCAUCUUGCUGAGGGGCUGCUGCAACUGGCUUUUAAUUUUAGCACGCAGUGUGAAGAACUUGUAAGUCUUCUGCUCAACACAGUGGUAUUAACUGUGCCUUUGUCAGGAAGCUCCCAGAGAAGCUUCAUCAAUUUUUCUCAUGGGGAGUAUUUCUACAACUUGUUCUUUGAAACCAUUAACAUGGAACUGUUAAAAAAUUUGGAGACUGUUGUGCUGCUUCUGCUUAAAUCAUCAACGGAAAACCCUAAAAUGGUGAGCACAGUUUUAAACGGCAUGCUGGAUCAAACCUUCAGGCAGCGUGCAGUCCGCAAGCAGCAAGGUACUCAGCUGGUAAAUGCUGUGCUUAAGAACUGGAUGAGACUAGAAAGUUGGUGGGACAAAGAUUCUUCUCCAGAGAGUAAAAUGGCCGUCCUAACCUUGCUUGCUAAAGUUCUCCAGAUCGAUUCUUCUGUGUCUUCUGAUACAAACCACACAGCUUUCUGUGAAGUAUUUAAGACCUAUACAAGCAUUCUUACAGAUGAGAAACUUGGACUGAAUUUGAAAAGUCAAGCUCUUAUAAUUCUUCCAUUCUUCACCAACCUGAAAGAAGAAAGAUUGGCAGAGUUAAAAAAUGCACUUGAUCAGUUUGUUGCAUUUAAUUUUCCAAUGAAAUCUGAUGAGUUUCCUAAGGGCACCUUAAAGUACAAUAAUUAUGUGGACAGUAUAAAAAAGUUUUUGGAUGCUCUUGAGUUGUCCCAAAGUCCAAUGCUGCUACAACUCAUGGCAGUGAUUCUUUGCCGGGACACCAAACAUUUUAUGGAGGAAUUGUUUCAAAGCAGCUUCAAAAAAGUUAUUAAAAGGAGUAGCAGUGAUAAACAAGUCAUUCUGAUGGAUACUCUGUACGGCAUGUUCAAGAGCGAAGAUCUCCCAAGUGCUAUCAGACAGUCUAUGAUUGACCGCUGCAUAUUGCCUCUCAUGUGGAACUGUAGCCCUGAUGCUUUGACGGAGUUUUUCAGUAAAACCAUAAUUCUCUUAAUGAAUACACUGAAGAGUACAUUCACAAAGAUGUCAGAAGAAAUCUUUGAUACACAACUUACUAUAAAAUUGGGUUACUACAAAAUACUGGAAGUUCUCUAUUCUCGUCUGUCCAAAGAUGAGAUUUAUUCCAAAGAAUCCAGAAUAAACCAUGCAUUUGAAGGGUCGUCGAAUGUAGAAGGAAAUCAACUUACUAAGACAUUAAUUAAGUCAUGCCAUGAUGCUUUCACCGAGAACAUGUCUGGUGAAACCAAGCUACUGGAGAAGAGAAGACAAUACCACUGUGCGGCAUACAACUGUGCUAUUGCCGUUGUGUCCUGUUCUCAGACAGACAGCCGAUUCUACCAGGCAUUUCUGUUCUCCGAAAAGACAGAGAAGAAUCUGCUCAUUUUUGAAAAUAUAAUAGACCUUCAUCGCAAUUAUUCAUUUCCCAUUGAGGUUGAGGUGCCAAUGGAACGAAAGAGAAAAUAUUUUUCUAUUCGCAAGGAAGCAAGAGAAGCGGCAAAUGUGGAAUCUGAUGAGCCCCAGUAUUUAUCUUCACAGUCCUACAUGGCGGAUAGCAGCCUUAGUGAAGAAAUGAGUCAGUUUGAUUUCUCCACUGGAGUUCAGAGCUUUUCUUACAGUUCCCAGGACCCAAUGAAAUCUCAUAGGAGCAGCAAAAUAAGGGAGCACAGUUCAGAAGUCCAGGCACCAGAAGACAUUAUGGAGUUUGAAAUGGAUGAACUGAAUCAGCAUGAAUGCAUAACACCUUUGACUGGACUGAUUAAACACAUGCAGCGAAAUGGAGUCACGCCUAAAGUAGAGGAGGGUGUCACUCCACAAGACCUGCCACCGUGGAUGAAAUUUCUGCAUAUGAAGUUGGGAAACCCUUCCACACCACUGAAUGUCCGUCUUUUCAUUUCCAAACUUAUCGUUAACACUGAAGAAGUUUUCCGUCCUUAUGCAAAGUUUUGGAUUGGCCCCAUAUUACAGCUGAUUGUGUCUGGAAAUAAUGGUGGAACAGGGAUCCACUACAUGGUGGUAGAAACUGUUGUGAUUCUUCUCUCUUGGUCAAGCAUCGCCACACCCACCGGCACAGCAAAGGAUGAGAUACUGGCUAACAGAUUGCUUGAAUUCUUGAUGACGUAUGCGUUUCAUGAGAAGAGAGCAGUGUACAGGCACAAUCUUGAGAUCAUUAAAACUGUACUGGAAUGUUGGAAGGAUUGUCUUUGUAUUCCAUACAAGUUAAUAUAUGAUGGUUUUUCUGGGACAGAUCCUAAUAAAAAAGAUAACUCUUUGGGAAUUCAGCUGCUGGGUUUAGUUGUCGCUAACAACUUGUCUCCGUUAGACCCAAAAUGUGGAAUUGACUCUGAUCGCUAUUUUAAAGCUCUUGCCAAUAAUCUGGCAUUAACAAGAUUUAAAGAAGUGUAUGCUGCAGCAGCUGAAGUCCUGGGGCUCGUGCUUCAUUACAUUGCUGAAAAGGAAAAAAACACAGAAGGCCCAGUGUUUUCUUGUGUGGAAAAAGAAUUAAAACGACAUCAGACCAGUAAUAAAGAAGACAAGUUCAUUAUGUGUUUAAACAAAGUGGUGAAGAAUUUCCCCCUCUUUGCGGACAGAUUUAUGAACAUUGUUCUCUACUUACUUCCAAAGCUCCAUGGCGUUCUCAAGACCCAGUGCCUUGAAAUAAUAAUGUGCAGGGCACAGGAAGUGCCAGAUCUUUAUUUUGAGUUAAAAAACAAAGAUUUCAAGCAAAUUAUGAGCAACCGGGAUGAUGAAAGGCAGCGAGUGUGCCUAGAUAUAAUAUACAAGAUGUUACCCAAACUGAAACCCACUGAGCUACGAGAACUUUUGCCAUCUGUAACCGCGUUUAGUUCACACAACUUUCCGAUUUGUCGUGAACGUAUGUAUGAAAUUGUCAUGUGGAUAUAUGACAAUUACAGAGACCCAGAGAGCCAGUCGGAUAGUGAUUCACAGGAUGUUUUCAAUAUGGCUAAAGAGACCUUACUUGAAGGACUGGUAGAUGAAAAUGCAGAGCUCCAACUCAUUGUCAGAAAUUUCUGGAGCUCUGAAACACGAUUACCAACUGGCACAUCAGACCGUAUGUUAGCCGUGUUGUGCUCUUUAUAUUGCCCAAAGAUAGAAAAACACUUUCUAAGCCUGGGCACAAACCUGCUGCUUGAAAUGACCAGUAAGAGUCCAGAUUAUAUCCGGCAAAUGUUUGAACAUCCUCUUUCAGAAUGCAAGUUUCAGGAUUACACUGUUGAUUCCAGUUGGCGCUACCGCAGCACUGUGCUCACCCCCAUGUUUGUGGAGACUCAAGCUUCUCAGAGCAGUUACAGAUCGAGAACACAAGGGUUUGUAACAGAGUUGGAGCCUGAUGCAGCUCAGCUAAGAGCGACACAGCAACACUAUCAGUUCACACCUACACAGAAUAUUGGUGGCAGAAAUUCUUUUAACUGGCUGACUGGAAGCAGCAUUGAUACAAUGGGAGAUUAUACUGUUGACUCUUCCUCUGAAUCCAUGUCCUCAACAUUGUUGUUUACAAGUAAGAAGAGUGAAAAAGCACGCAGGGGCCCAUUCAAGCCUUUGGGGCCAAAUUUUGGAAAACAGAGAUUGGGGUUUCCUGCAGAUGAAACUGACAGCAAAGGCAUAGACGAAAGAUCAACAAUCUUGAGAUUGAGAAGGCGUUUCUUGAAAGACAAAGAGAAGCUAAAUAUCAUUUAUGCAAGAAAGGGAAUGGCGGAACAGAAAAGAGAAAAGGCAAUAAAAGUUGAAGAAAAGAUGAAGCAAGAUGCUCAAGUUAUUCUUUAUAGAAGUUAUAGGCAUGGAGACUUGCCAGACAUCCAGAUUGCAUACAGAGCUCUUAUUGCACCUUUACAAGCUCUGGCACAGAGAGACCCAACUCUGGCAAAACAACUAUUCAGUGUUUUGUUUUCUGGGAUCCUGGAGGAAAUGAAGACCAGCAUUAGCACCUCACGUAUGAACAGCAUUGUUUCUCAGCUGCUUGACCAAUUCAAUCGCUUCUUAAACAGCACUGUGACCUACUACCCACCAUUCAUUUCAUGUGUACAGGAUAUGUGUUAUCAUCAUGUUGAGCUUCUUGCUCUGGACCCAGCAGGUGUCAGCACGAGUAGUAUAGAAAGUCUGCAGCAACCGCUGGGUAUCCUUCUGCUUGAACAAGGGCUGCAGCAUAUCUCGCCUCCAGAGGAACCUCCAGCAAAGAAGAUGCGAGGAAGGACAGCACCUCCCCCAGAUGUUAUCAGAUGGAUACACCUAGCAAGACUUUAUCGCUCUAUUGGUGACUACGAUGUCCUUCGAGGGAUUUUCAGUGGGAAGAUUGGAACAAAAACCAUUACCCAAGAUGCUUUAAGUGCUGAAGCAAAAUGUGACUAUGCAAAGGCAGCUAAACUGUACGAUGAAGCCCUGCAGCAGAAGUUUGCUGAUGAGGACCCUUCUGAGACAGAGAAGGAUUUCUGGGAAAUUGCUUCUAUGGAAUGUUACAAUCACCUAACGGAAUGGCAGCCCCUAGAAUACUGCUCCACCAUCAACAUUGACGACGCAAGUCCACCAGACCUGAGCAAAGUGUGGAGUAAUCCUUUUUACCAGGAAAACUAUCUUCCUUAUAUGAUCCGCAGUAAAGUGAAGCUUCUCCUUAAUGGGAAGAAUGACCAGUCUUUAUUAACAUUCAUUGAUGAGGCAAUGAAGGUCGAGCAGAGGAAGGUUUUGAUGGAGACAUUCUACAGCCAGGAGAUGAGCCUUCUCUAUAUUUUACAAGAUGAUUUUGACCGUGCAAAAUACUACAUUAAAAAUGGAAUUGAUGUGUUUAUGCAGAACUAUUCAAGUAUUGAUACGCUGUUAUAUCAAAGCAGAUUAACUGAACUGCAGUCUGUUCAAGCCCUAACUGAGACUCAGGAUUUUAUAAAUUUUAUCAGCAUUCCUGGCAAUUUGUCAUCUUUGCCCUCCUUGAAAAGACUGUUCCGCCUGUGGAUGAGUAGAUAUCCAGAUGAUAAAAUGGACCCCAUGAAUAUCUGGGAUGACAUCAUUACUAAUAGAUGCUUCUUCCUUGAUAAAAUCCAAGAAAAGCUGCCCAAACAGCCAGUGGAUGACAGCAUGGAAAUAGACAGUGGAGCAGAUGACAUUGAGAUGAUGGAAGUGGACAAGAAGAAUGAUGAUGAUAACUUUCUGAUCAAAAAAUGCAAAUUUUUCAUGAAGAUGAAAAUGGUUGACAGCGCCAGAAAACAGAGCAAUUACUCUGUUGCUAUGAAACUUCUAAAAGAACUCCACCGGGAAUCUAAAAGCAAUGACGACUGGUUGGUGAAAUGGAUUCACAGCUAUUGCCGUUACAGUCACAGCCGCAGCCAGGUCCAGAGCUGUCCAGAACAAAUAUUAACCGUGUUAAAAACUAUCUCAUUACUGGAGGAGAGCAAACCUGAAUAUUUAAACAAAUAUCCUAGGGCGUUCAGAAACCAGAACAUGUUACUGGGAGCCACUUACAGAAUCAUGGGUGAUGCCAUCUGCAAAGAGCCAGACAGCCUGAACAGAAUUGAGGGAUCAAAGGCUAGAAAAGUUAUACAACUCGCAGAGUCUGCAGACAAUGUGGCAGUGGGCCUAUACAGGAAAUCAAUGUAUUGCUUGACAUCUGCUGUCAGAAAAGCGUCAGAAGAACAACAGUCCCGCUCUGCUGACUUUACUGACAGCAAAGGACUCAUUAAAGCUUACAUGACCUUGGUGGAUUUUUGUGACACCCAUCUCCGGAAAGUGGAAGAAAAAUCGGCAGUGUUGGAUGCUCAGGACUGUAAACCAUUACCUGCGGUCCUUGUUGAUAACAUGAUUAAAGCAUUAAAGUUUGACUCAAAGGAAGCACGUCUAAAGUUUCCUAGACUACUACAAAUAGUUGAACAGUACCCUUCAGAAACCUUGGACCUAAUGGCUAGAGAGGUUAGUUCUGUUCCAUGCUGGCAGUUCAUUGGCUGGAUCAGUCAAAUGAUGACACUACUUGAUAAAAAGGAAUCCCUCGCAGUACAGUUUAUUAUAGAAGAGAUUUGUAACCAUUACCCUCAGGCUCUUGUGUACCCUUUCAUGAUCAGUGGGAAAAACUAUAACUUUCCAGAUACAAUUCAUGGACACAAGAAUAAAGAGUUUGUUGAAAGAAUUCAGGGAAAACUGGAUAAAUACGGAUUGGUUCAAGAUUUUAUUCGAGCCCUGGAACAGUUGUCCAAUCCUGAAAUGAUAUUACAGGACUGGAAGGAAAAAAUCUUUCAUGAAUUAUCGAAAAAAAAACCAGAUAAAAAUCUCAUUAAGGAGAUGUAUAAAGAGAUGUAUGCAGAACUUGGUAAUGCAAAAGAUCCUUCUUUUGGGCCAUUCAGAAAGAGGUUUGCAGAGACCUAUGCAAAGAAGUUUGACCAAAUUUGUGGAAAAGAUGGUUUGCAGCUGUCUGAUAAGAAAAUCAAAGAAUUUGAUCAACUAGUGUCAGAUAUAAAGGAAAAGCAAAAGAAAGAGCCAGGAAAUUUAAAAGAAUAUUCUCCUUGGAUGAGCGCUUUUAAACCACAGUUUUCCAGAGAUGACCUAGAAAUUCCUGGUCAGUAUGACGGCAAAACCAAACCAAUGCCUGAGUAUCAUGUGAAGAUAUCUGGAUUCGAUGAAAGGGUGACCGUUAUGUCUUCCCUAAGAAAACCCAAACGCAUUGUUAUUCGUGGAAAUGAUGAGAAAGACCACGCGUUUCUAGUAAAAGGAGGAGAAGACUUGCGCCAGGACCAGCGCAUUGAGCAGCUUUUUGACAUCAUGAAUAUUAUUCUUUCGCAGGAUGCUGCAUGUAGCCAGAGAUGCAUGCAAAUUAAGACCUACCAAGUCAUACCCAUGACCACACGAAUUGGAAUGAUCGAGUGGAUGGAGAACACGUGCACUUUAAAGGAUUUUAUUGUAAAAGCUAUGACAGAAGAUGAAAGAAAAGAAUUCCAUGGGCCAAAAGGUCCAGUGAAGCAUUACACAGACUGGCUAGCUAAAGUGGCCCAGAAUGAUAAAAAGCUUCCAUUGUAUAUUGCUAUGUACAAACACGCUGAUCGUGCUUCAACUGUCACAUCGUUUAGAGAAAGGCAGCUACUUGUUCCUGGGGACCUAUUAAGGAGAGCCUUUGUCAAGAUGAGCACAGCUCCGGAAGCGUUUCUGGCUCUGCGCUCCCACUUUGCCCGCUCUCAUGCUUUGCUGUGUAUAAGCCAUUGGAUUCUUGGCAUUGGAGAUCGGCACCUCAGCAAUUUUAUGAUCAGUAUGGAGACUGGUGGAAUGAUAGGCAUUGACUUUGGUUACGCUUUUGGUACUGCUACCCAGUUUUUGCCUGUUCCAGAAUUGGUUCCAUUCCGCCUAACACGCCAGAUAAUAAACUUAAUGUUGCCCAUGAAGGAGACUGGCUUAUUUGAUUCUGUGAUGGUACAUGCUCUACGGGCCUAUCGCAGGAACCCUGACCUUCUCAUUAGCACAAUGGAUGUGUUUGUAAAGGAGCCCUCAAUAGACUGGAAGAACCAAGAGAUAAAGCAGAUGAAGAAGCAAGGGAGCUGGAUGAAGGAGUUUGACACUGCCUCUCAGGACUGGUAUCCAAUGCAGAAAAUCAAUUGUGCAAAACGAAAGUUAGCUGGUGCAAAUCCAUCAGAAAUCACAUGUGAAGAACUUCGACUGGGACAUGAAAAAGUUGCGUCAUACAAGGAGUUCUUGGCUGCUGCGCAAGGGUUUGAGGCGCAUAACAUAAGGGCAAAAGAGCCAGCCAAUGGGCUUACUGAAGAGAUACAAGUACAGUGUCUUAUUGAUCAGGCCACAGAUCCUAAUAUCCUGGGCAGAGUCUGGCAAGGAUGGGAGCCUUGGAUAUGAGAAUAAUCUGAUCUAUUUGUUACAACUACUAAGGCUAUUGCCCUAUAACAAAAGUGCCCAAACCAGUCAUGUACUUCAUAGGAAAGUAGUUGAUCUUAUCAGUGUUUCAAUUUCUGACCUUUACUUAUUGCUGAUAAUUUUCUAUUUAUACAUACAGUACCUGUAUUUUAUACUGUUCCCUUUUCUACAUGUAACAGUGUAUCCUCUACUGUCGCAACAAAAUAAAGCAUAUCUUCACCUAAUAUACUGAUAAAGUAACAUUGCAAUGUUUUGUGUCUAGAGACUCAAACUGGUGCUACCACAGGGUUAGAAGCUGCCUGGAGCACACUCAGAUUGGGGGUCGCUUUGAUGCCCCCUAGUAGUAAGACAGUCUAUAGAGUUUGAGCGUGAUCUGGGCACUAAACCUGAAUGUAACCACCU